UUUCAAAUUUCUCGGGUUAUGCUAGGGAUGGAAGGAUGCUGAGCCUGUAGGUUUUUUGCUGCUCGGAUUGGCCACAUUACAUCACAGAUUGCUCUCCGGAUCGAAAGGUUCUUCAACUUCUGCUUAGUAGGUCUCUUGCUCCUCAGAUUGGCUUCAAUUCAUUUUUGCAGCGGUCCCCUGCUUCUUCCAUUGGAAUAUUACAUCAAUGGAAUCCACUACAGCCCUUAAAACCAUCACUCUUGGUCAACAGAGUUGUAAGGUAUUUGGAUGACUCUUACGCCUAUGGGAUGCAAUAAACAUGAAAUCCAAGUUUGCAGAUCCUCUCAUCAGCAUUGAUGGUGUCCUUUUAGAUGAAGAUGGCAAUAUGGCGCAGAUCAGUGUACCCAAAAAAUUUCAAAGACAAUUCCGCCCCUUACUCACAGAAGGACAUGUCUACAUCUUUAAUGAUAUUGCAGCUGUUGAUAUAAAAAACAAAACCCAUAUAUAUCACCACCAAGACUAUAUGUUGCAAUUCAAGCACAACACUAAGGUUCACCGACUUGAAACCAGAGGGACAAAUAUACCAAAGUUUUCCUUCAAUUUUUGUCCAUUUGAUAAUCUACCAGAAAAAGAUACUUUUGCAAAACCACUUCAAGAUAUAAUAGGAGUCAUUAGCCACGUUGGGCCAUUUGAUUAUGCAAGUCAGACAUCUACAAAUAAACUCAGGAAAAUCAAAAUUCGAAACCUAGAUGAACACACACAAGAAAUACGUCUUUGGGGCCACCAUGGUGAAACAUUUGAUGAAGAAGCUGUACUUAAAAAAUCACAAGAAGGCAUUGUAGUUGGCAUUUUUGCGGGUCUCACAGCUGGGAGCUUUCUAGGUGCCCUGCAUGCAUCCUCAACCUCUGCAACAAAAGUUUACAUUGACUUGGAUACAUCUGAAGUUAAAAACUACCAAACCAGCUAUAAAUGGGAAUCUCCAGCUCUGCGACAACAACUACCUCAGGUUAUGCAUUUAUCUCCUAUUCAAGCAGCAGGGAAAAUGUACACACUUCAACAAAUAUCAGAUAUGCCCACCUCAAAUUUUCAGGAAGGAGCUACCUACAGCACCAUUGCGAAAGUUAAAUCUAUUGUACCUUCAACUAAAUGGUACUACAAAGGAUGCAAACGUUGUGAUAGAGGAUACAAGAACAACUCAGAUACUCCAACAUGCCUUUGCACAAAUUCAUCUCCAAAGCCAUUGUACAAGCUACCAAUAACACUUACAGAUGACUCGGGAGAUUUAGAUGCCAUUGCUUUCUCUAAAAUUGCUGAAGAACUGGUUGAGCGAGAUGCCAUACAAAACAUGAAAGUUGAUACCGCGGAACAUGUGACCGCCCUAGAUAAUGCCAUUGGGAAAACCAGAUUGUUCUAUAUAGGAAUGAAGGUUGAUUUGGUAUCCAGAUUCCCCAUAAGUUAUGUCAUAAAGAAAAGCUUCCCAGUUGACAAUGCACAAAUAUUGCCCUCUACAAAGUCAACUCCAAGCAAAGACCUGGAGAACAGUCCAUCGUCAUCAAAGAGCAUCCAGAGUCCAGGGAGCCUAACACAAGUCCACUUGGGCAAUACUAUGCCUCCCCCUUGCCAAUCUACAACUAUGGACACCGACAAAAACAUAAAUAGGUACUCUUCAGCGAAAAGAAGCAUCCAAUUUACAGAAGAUGGAGCCACCAACAAAGAGGGUCAACAAUAGGAACAUCUUCAGGAUACACAAGUGCAUCUCCAGGUUGUCAAAAAGCAUAAGCAAGACAUUGCAGAUAACAAUGUGAAAAUGAACAACUAUGAAGGACAAGAGGAUAACAGUAAUAAAAACACAUAGGGCACCGUCAACAACCAUGCAAGGACCAGGGAAUCUUCAAGACGCACGAAAAGCACCUACGGAUUGCACCACCUUCCAUUGAAAAUUACCUCCAAAACUAUCAUUACAACUACUUCAUGAUCAGCCUAGGCAUGUCGUCAGAUAUUGACUAAUUUUAUGUAAUAAGUCUGAAUUAUGAAAUCUUUGGAUUUGUAUGCACUUUU